AUGUCUCGGUCCAAAGAGUGCUUCAAACUGCUCGUCAUAGACACUGAAAAGAAAGGAUUAAGUAGUCCUGACUACUUAAAUCGAUUCAUCGUGAGUCUUGGCCAUCGGGCGAUGUCGACUCAAUGUGAUUUCAAGGAUCAGAAGCCUCGAGGUGUGACUCCCAAGUCGGAUGCAGACUUUUGUGCUGUGAUGUUCGACCUAUUUCAUUCGGGCCAAAUUGAGGACGGGAUUUUACGAAGCAUCGAUUAUCGAGGCCGCUCCCCGCUUCAUUAUGCCGCCGCUUACGGUGUUUAUGACGUUUGCAAAUUUAUCCUGGAUCGCUUGGUGCGUGCUACUAAUGCUCCUAACGGCAUGUCACCUGUUGAAGAGGCAUUGCUUUGGAAGGAUGUCGAAGGAAAUACACCACUACAGCUUGCUGUGGUCCAUGGCCAUGCAACCAUUACCGAAACUUUCUUGGUUGCGCUUAACAGCAACGGUCGGAUGGGUCAAGGAGAUCAUCUGCUGCAGGAGCUGCUUUUCAUUGCCGUCAAAUAUCAGCACGACGACAUAGUUCGUUUAAUUUUCUCUGCGAGCCCUUUUGUUAAGCCCCAUCCGAGAUCCGGGGAGACUCCCCUUCAUGUUGCGGCUCAAAUUGGUCGGGAGGAUUAUGUGAAACUUAUGCUUGAAAAUAUGACCAGCUUCGAAGCGAGUAUUGAUGUGGCCGAAACAUUGCGAGGUUGGACUCCACUGACUACUGCUUCUGCGCUUGGCCAUGUUGAAAUAGUUGAGCUUCUGCUCCAGGCUGGGGCAAGCCAGGCAGUACUUGACCAUCGUGGCUGGACUGCAAAGGAGCACGCAACUUUCAGGGGCCACUUUUCUAUCGCCAAAUUACUUGAGACGCCUCAAGCGCUAGAUCCCCUUGGGGGCCCUGGUGGCGCAAAAUCGGGGACUGUGGCAGUGAAUGCCUUCCAGUCGGCUCAAGAAGCUUAUGUUAUUAUGAACCUUGGUGCAAUGCAAAGCAAUAAGCAAACAACAACCACUGCUUUGAACUGUCUCUCUUCCGACUUCGAUUCAAUGACACGACAGGAAAGUUUCUCGCUUGUAAUAAGCACGGUAAAUGAGGGCGCCCGUAUUCUGCAAUUGCCUGUGCUGGACGAUGGCAGCAGCCCACUAGUAUUUCCUAUCAAAAACCUCAGCGAUGCACGGAUGGAUUUCAAGCUCUACCAACACACAAAUAUGGCUGGGAGAAUUCGCGACCCCAUUGGCUACGGGACGGCUCUUUUAGAAAACACUCUUUCGUCCUGCAUGCCGAACCGUGAAUUACUGACAAGGACACACAGUGUUUCGAUUUUAUCCAACAAGACCGCAGAAUUUAUGGGCACCUUAUCAUUCACGUAUGUCAUAGCAAACCCUUUCGUCGGUAUCAGCAAUGCUCCCAUGCACCCUUUCCAAAAGGAAUCACGAUCUGUCCAACUUGUGGGCCAUAGAGUCAUGUCUUUCAGCAAAAACACUUGGAUCUUCAUUCGUAGAGACGCUCAAGUCACCAAGGACCUGGUCCCGGUCAUAUACCACGAUUUCUCUCUGAGCGAGUCAGGAACAGAUGUGCCAAUCCACGAUGUUAAUUUGAAACAGGUAGGUUCUUGUUUCACCGCCUUGGCCUCAGUUCGCUCACAACCCCAGUUUCUCUAUGCCGGCAAAUAUGUGCUGCCAGACAAGCCAGCCGAGAACAGUUUCCAGCGAAAAUCUCGGUCACGAUCUUUGACAAGGGAAGACAGUGGAGUUGCUGAAGCCAACGCUCGACUCCAGCACACGGUUGACUUUAUCAGCAAAGGAUUCAAGCCCAACUCUCGGGGGACUUUCAUUCAAAGCCCAUUUGCCACGUUGGAGGACUUGCUGGUUAAGCUGCCAAAGGAUCUCGGGUUUGUUAUCGAGCUCAAGUAUCCUAGGCUUCACGAAGCAGCGGACGCCGGCGUGGCUCCUGUGGCAAUUGAAGUAAAUGCAUUUGUGGAUGCAAUCCUCGACAGGGUCUAUCGUUUUGGCCAAGGCAGAACCAUUGUCUUUGGAUCGUUCACUCCCGAAAUUUGCAUCCUUCUAUCUAGAAAAGCGAGGGAGUAUCCAAUAAUGUUUAUCACCAAUGCUGGCAAACUUCCCAUCUCCGAUAGGGAGAAGCGAGGAGCCAGUCUUCAGGUUGCGGUUCAAUUUGCAAAGCAGUGGGAGUUGACUGGAAUUGUGCUCGCCGCGGAUGCACUCCUGUUAUGCCCUCGGCUAAUCAAAUAUGUGCAAAACUCGGGCCUUUUAUGUGCCUCGUAUGGGUUGGUGAACAAUAUCCCGGAAAAUGCGAAGGUACCACACUUGAACGGAAUGUGGGAAAAAUGGGUAUCAACUAGCUAUAAGGAAAAGAUUGUUUUGACUGGUAACAAGGGGUGA